AAAAAAAACCACACCAACAAUUUUCUAGGGUUUCGAUCGAUCAUGCGGAAUGCCGUCGACAACGACGAAGACGACGACGGUUCUUGGGAGGUCCGGGCCUUCCGGGAAGAUGCCGCCGGAAACCUAAUGGGUGGCUGCACGUGGCCUCCCCGCUCCUACACGUGCAACUUCUGCCGGAGAGAAUUCCGGUCGGCUCAAGCCCUCGGCGGCCACAUGAAUGUCCAUCGCCGGGAUCGGGCUAGACUGCACCACGCCGCCGCGCCGGAGCCGCGCCCCCUCCUUCUCCGGCCGCCGGCUUCCGCCGCCAAUAGCCUCUGCCUCCGCCUCUACCCCAUCCCCGACCGGAGGAGCAGCGCCGCCAUGUUAACACCUAAUCCGUCGCCGGAAUUCCCUAAAACAAUAAAAACUCCGGCCGCGGCCGAUCCCUCCGCCGUGAACAGCCGCGAUAAUAAUAAUAAUGCUGAUAAUUCCGCCGCCAUGGAAGAGCUGGAUCUGGAGCUCCGCCUCGGCCGGCCGCCACCGCCACCGCCGCCGGAAAACUGAAAUUUACCUGACCUGUAGAAUUCGAUAAUCUUCAAAUCCUUUUAUCUGUAUACAUACACAUAAAUUGUUUCCUGCUGAUUUUCUCCAUUUUCGUUUUUUUUUUUUUUGGGCACUGUUCGAUUGAUUCAUUGCAGUGAAAGAAGGAAUAAAAUUAGGGUUUGGUAAAUAUUGUUAAAUGGGUAAAAAAAGAAAUAGUUUUUUUUUUUAA